GAGACGCGUACGUACAGAGCUGCUAUCGGAGGGAAUAUUCCGUUUUCGGUCAUAGGAAGUCUCCGAAUCCGGCUCGAACAACAAGAUGGAUGAAAUGGAAGAAGAGUUGAAAUGCCCGGUGUGCGGCUCGUUUUUCCGCGAGCCGAUCAUCCUGCCGUGCUCGCAUAAUAUCUGCCUGGCCUGCGCGAGAAACAUCCUAGUGCAGACGCCCGACGCCGAAUCCCCGCAGAGCAGCCGCGCGUCAGGCUCCGGCGUCUCCGAUUAUGAUUACUUAGACCUGGAUAAGAUGAGUCUGUACAGCGAGGCGGACAGCGGAUACGGCUCUUACGGCGGGUUCGUGAGCGCACCGACCACCCCGUGCCAAAAGUCCCCAAACGGGGUGCGCGUUUUCCCCCCUAGCGUGCCUCAUCCGGCCCAGGUGCAACACCACCUGCUGCCUCACACCGGCGUCCUGCCGCCGGUCCCGCGAAACUCUUGCCUCACCUGCCCGCAGUGCCAUCGCAGCCUGACGCUGGAUGACCGGGGGCUCCGGGGCUUCCCCAAGAACCGUGUUCUGGAGGGGGUUGUGGACCGGUACCAGCAGAGUAAAGCGGCCGCGCUUAAGUGCCAGCUGUGCGAGAAGAGCCCCCGCGAGGCGACGGUCAUGUGCGAGCAGUGCGACGUGUUCUAUUGCGAUCCGUGCCGCCUACGGUGCCACCCGCCCCGGGGUCCGCUAGCCAAACACCGGCUCGUGCCGCCGGCGCAAGGAAGAAUCAGCCGCCGCGCGAGUCCCAGAAAGACCUCCACCUGCACCGAGCACGAGCUGGAGAACCUGAGUAUGUACUGCGUCCAGUGUAAGACCCCCGUGUGCUACCAGUGUCUGGAGGACGGCAAACACUCCACUCACGAGGUCAAAGCUCUGGGGGCCAUGUGGAAGCUCCACAAGACCACAAAUGAAAGUGGAGGUCUCUUGGCGGAUGGUUGCCAUAGCAAUGGACAGCUCUCUCAAGCACUAAAUGUUCUGUCUGAUCGGGCCACAGAGGCCAAAGAGUUCUUGGUGCAGCUCAGAAAUAUGGUACAACACAUACAGGAGAAUGGAGUUGAAUUCGAGGCAUGUCUGGUCGCCCAGUGUGAUGCUCUGAUUGAAGCUCUCAACCGCAGGAAAGCUCAGCUUCUCAGCAGAGUAACCAAAGAACAUGAACACAAACUCACAGUGGUUCGUGAUCAGAUAUCCCACUGCACGCUGAAGUUGAGGCAGACCACAGGACUAAUGGAAUACUGUCUGGAAGUUAUCAAAGAAAACGAUCCCAGCGGCUUCCUCCAGAUCUCAGAUGCUCUGAUAAGACGGGUCCAUAUGACGGAGAAUCAGUGGGGGAAGGGUUCUCUGACCCCUCGCAUGAGCAGUGACUUUGACCUGACGCUGGACAGCGGACCCCUGCUGCAGACCAUACACCAGUUAGACUUCAUCCAGAUGAAGGUUCCAGCUGCUCCUAUUCUUCAGUUAGAGGAGUGCUGUACUCAAACCAACAGUGCGACUCUGUCGUGGAAACAGCCGCCUCUCUCCACCAUUGCUGUGGAUGGCUACAUUUUAGAACUGGAUGAUGGGAAUGGAGGCCAGUUCAGAGAAGUGUACGUUGGUACAGAGAUGAUAUGCACUGUGGAUGGCCUACACUUCAACAGCGCUUAUAAAUCUCGUGUUAAAGCAUUUAACUCCAGUGGAGUCGGCCAGUACAGCAAAACGCUUGUCAUGCAGACAUCAGAGAUGAGUCUACCUUCAUAUGGUAGUAAAACUCUGACAGCAGUUGCCUGGUUCACCUUUGACCCUGCAUCGGCCCACCCUGACAUCAUCUUGUCCAACGACAACCUCACGGUGACGUGUAACAGUUACGACGACCGUGUCGUCAUGGGCAACACAGGGUUCUCUCGUGGCGUGCACUACUGGGAGAUGACCAUCGAUCGCUAUGACAACCACCCUGACCCUGCGUUUGGAAUCGCCCGGGCGGAUGUCAUGAAGGACGUGAUGCUGGGGAAGGAUGAUAAAGCCUGGGCCAUGUAUGUGGACAAUAACCGCUCCUGGUUCAUGCAUAACAACUCGCACACCAAUCGUACGGAUGGAGGAAUAAGUAAAGGAGCGACUGUGGGUGUGCUGCUGGAUUUCACUCGUGGGAUUCUGUUGUUUUUGAUAAAUGAUGAGCAACAGGGACCCGUUGCCUUCAACACACUGGAGGGCAUGUACUACCCGGCCAUCAGCCUCAACCGCAAUGUUCAGGUGACUCUUCAUUCUGGGCUGCCUAUUCCAGAUUUUUAUACACCUGGAGAAUCGGAAGCUGCAGGCUCAGUCUGCUGAAGAGUCAUUACAACUGAUACACACUCAUAUACAAACACACACGCACAGACAAGUAUGCAUGGAUUCAGCUGUGAGUACUUUGUGGGGGAACUGCUGCAGACAGUCAUUAAUUCAUUUUAACAAGUUCUGAGAGCUCUGAAAUGUAAAUGGACGUGAUAUAUGUGAGGGUUAGUUAGUGUUAAUUUAACCCUAACCUUAACUCUGAACCUGAUGUGAGGUAAAUUGAUAUUGAAAUUCUUGAAUCAUUUCCCUCUCUUUCUUACACUGUUUCUAGAUAUGAUUAUUAUUAUUAUUGAUGUUGUCAUUGUUGUUUUAAUGGAAAAAGGUGCUCACUGAUGUGAACUCCCAGAUUAUUGGAUAUUAACAGAUGUCUGUCUGUUGUUUCAUGAUAAAAUCCUCUGUGUGAAGUUAAGCUUAGAAAUAAGUGACUGAUGUGUUAGACCUUAGAGGAUGCAUUUUACAUUACAUAAAAAUGUUCUGUUGCAUAUAAAGGUGAUUUUAACUGCAGAUGGGGACAGACACUAGAGUAAAAUAUCUAAUAUUACAACCUUCUCAUUCAUAUUAUGCCUCAGUUAAUGUUAUAUAUCCUAAACCAUACCCUGAAACUCAAACUGUAAACCCUGACCCAAACCUAAUCCCUAAACCUAAACUCUGUCAUAUUACACCUCAGUCAACGUGAGAUAUUUCCAGCCUUCCUUCCACAUUCACAGUGGAUGAGCAAACAUACAUUUGGGACAUAUUAGACGAUGCCAGAAUGAGCUGAAUGUGUGUCAGUGGGGAGGUAAUAGCUUUCAGUUUGUUGAACAGAAUAGAAAACAUUAAUUGGGACAAAUACAUGCACACAUACACACACACACACACAGGCAUUUUCACAGCCUUGCGUAACGUAUUAUGGAGAGAUGAGAAUGAAUAAACUUUUUGUUUCUCUCUCUCUCUGUUUUAUUUCUCCUUUGCUGCCUCAAAUCUGCACAAGCUAAACGCAAAUGCUAAACAAAUAACUGGUGCUGCUUAUGUUCAAUGUGAGAAAAUAUUGCAAUAUAAAAGAAUAGAGCUGCAAAUCAAAAAGAGAGACGACUUUAAACGAGACAGCAUACAUUGUUGCUGCUUGAAGCAUCGGCUAUUAGUUUACCAUAAAGGAUGUACUUUUGCAUUAAGAAAAAUAUUAAAAAUCCCACUGGUGGGGUUAAAAUAUGGAGCAGGUGCUGUACUUUAUCUGUUUGUUGAGCACAUGGUUUAUGCUCAACAAACAAUUGAAUGUGGGUGCAGUGAGGGAAAAUUUCACCCAUUGUAAAUUGUAUUUUUUCAUAAAUGAAUCCCAAUAUAAGAAAUUAAUUAUCAUUAUUAUUAAUAUUGUGUCUGAAUUGUUGUUAUCUGUAAAUUUCUAUGCUCAAUAAACUGGAUUA